UAAAAAAUCUUUUUCAGAGGCUCUAGAAACUGUUUCUCUUGGUGAUGAGCUGAGAGGUUCGCUUUCUCCCGCCAUGAACACCAAAUCGCUUCUGGACUCUUUCUAUCCCCAUCUUUGGUCGAACCUGCCACCCGACAUUUCUUCCCGAAACAGAACCUUAUCUACCGAGUCAUACCUGAAGUACCCGUUUCUGUUCCGGGUCCGGGUUCACUCUCAGGAACGUUGUUUCACUUUUCGGGUUUCGGGUCGGACAAGGAGCGGAAGAGUAUGGGCGGAUGUGAAAUCAGAGCGUUAUGAGAUAUCGGAGACGGUCCCAGAAUCGGUGAAGUCAAAGGACUCGUUUGAAAACGAAGGCGUUUCGGUGAGGGAUGAAAGUGAGUUGGAGAGUUCGGUUCCGUGGUGGGAAGAGUUUCCGAAGAGAUGGGUCAUCGUGAUUUUGUGUUUUUCAGCUUUCCUUCUCUGCAAUAUGGAUAGAGUAAACAUGAGCAUUGCUAUACUACCCAUGUCUGCAGAGUUUAACUGGAAUCCAGCAACUGUUGGUUUGAUACAAUCUUCUUUCUUCUGGGGAUACCUCCUUACCCAGAUUGCUGGUGGCAUAUGGGCAGACACAAUGGGAGGGAAGCGGGUCUUAGCAUUUGGGGUGGUUUGGUGGUCCAUUGCUACUAUUCUCACUCCUAUUGCUGCUAAAAUUGGGUUACCUUUCUUACUCGUUGUUCGAGCUUUCAUGGGUGUUGGUGAGGGUGUUGCUAUGCCUGCCAUGAACAAUAUUCUGUCUAAAUGGGUUCCUGUAUCAGAGAGGAGUAGAUCAUUAGCCCUUGUCUAUAGUGGGAUGUACCUUGGUUCGGUCACUGGCUUGGCCUUCUCCCCAUUUCUAAUACAUCAGUAUGGUUGGCCAUCUGUCUUUUUCUCCUUUGGUUCUCUGGGAACAGUUUGGCUUGUUUUGUGGCUAAACAAGGCACACAGUUCUCCUCUUGAGGAUCCUCAACUGCGGCCUGAAGAGAAGAAGCUGAUUCUCGGAAGCAGAGUAUCCAAGGAACCUGUGAAGAUGAUACCAUGGGGAUUAAUAUUGUCUAAGGCACCCGUAUGGGCCCUAAUUGUUUCUCAUUUCUGUCAUAAUUGGGGGACAUUUAUUCUUCUUACUUGGAUGCCAACAUACUAUAAUCAAGUGCUAAAGUUCAAUCUCACAGAGUCUGGCCUCUUAUGUGUAUUGCCUUGGCUUACAAUGGCAAUUUCUGCAAAUGUUGGAGGGUGGAUUGCAGACACACUUGUGAGCAAAGGUUUUUCAGUCACGACAGUUCGCAAGAUCAUGCAAACAAUUGGAUUUCUUGGCCCUGCUUUCUUCCUGACUCAGUUGAGCCACGUCCAUUCCCCUGCAAUGGCUGUUUUGUGCAUGGCGUGCAGUCAGGGUACUGAUGCAUUUUCACAGUCUGGUCUAUAUUCAAAUCAUCAAGAUAUUGCCCCUCGCUAUUCUGGAGUAUUGCUUGGCCUCUCUAACACUGCUGGAGUUCUGGCUGGGGUGUUUGGAACUGCAGCAACUGGUUACAUCUUGCAACAUGGUUCCUGGGAUGAUGUAUUCAAAGUUUCAGUUGGCCUCUACUUGGUCGGAACAGUCGUGUGGAACCUCUUUUCAACUGGUGAGAAAAUAGUGGACUAGGAAUCGGAUUCGGAUCAGUUUAUUCCAAUUAAGUCAAACUCGCCUGAGCUUCGGAUCAAGGGGUUUUAUUAAUUGAACAAAGAGAUACAAUUGAGGAGAGAAGCAAGAAUUUUUCUGUUGGCUCUUCUGCAUGCUCAGAGCUGGAAGUUUAAAUUUGUAAGGACCUCUGCCUCUGGCACAUUAUACCAAACAAUGCAUGAUCUCACUUAUGCAAGAACAUAUUUGUAAGUUAAGGCGGACUGGAGGACAGAACAUGUAAAUGUUGUAUAUUCAAUAAGUAUAGCUUAAUUUUUUUUGUAUUGCGUUUGAAUCUCUUAUUUCAAACUACAGAACAUGUAAAAUGUUGUACAUCCUAUUAAAAUUUCUUUUUUAUGGUAUACCUACUUGAACAGUACAGUAGGGUUAUUCUCCUAAUCCAAUUGUGUUUGGAAAUCAA